AUGGGGCAGACGCCUAUUUACCAGGUGGUCGGGAUGAAGAAUGGAUCCAUUGAGAAGUGGGAGUGCUCUAUUUAUCCGGACAAGGAUGAUACGUCCAUGUCCCACCGAAUGUUCCAUCAACCGACGAGUCUAUACUCUACCGUGAUCAAUCUGCCAGCCGAUAAAGAGGUCAACAGAUACGGUAGAAAGUCAUCGUACAUUGACGCCGGGUUUCGAGGGUUAGAAAAUACGGAAGAAACCAACGGUGAUCGGCCGGAGGACCAAGGAAAUACGACAUGGAUCAUGGACUAA